UGAGUGGAACUGUGAGAGGAGAAGAGAUGAAAGGAUCAGAUUUGACUCAUCAAAAAGAGAGACCCGACUCAGAGGAACCAGAGACAUCUGAACCAGUGAGACGACACCACUGUUCCCAGUGUGGAAAGAGUUUUAACCAUUUAGGAAAUCUUAAAAACCACAAGAGAACACACGCAGAGAAGUCUUACAACUGCUCUCACUGUGCAAAGAGUUUUACUCAUUUAUGUAGGCUAAAAUCGCAUGAGAGACGACACACAGGAGAUAAGCCUUACCAAUGCUCUCAGUGUGGUAAGAGAUUUUUUGAGUCAACAGAACUGAAAGUUCAUAAGAUAAUACACACAGGGGAAAAACCAUUCCAAUGCUCCCAGUGUGUAAAGACAUUUUCCCGGCCAGGGGACCUGAAAUCACAUGAGAGAAUACACACAGGGGAAAAGCCGUACCACUGUUCCCAGUGUGGAAAGAGUUUUACAAGUUUAAAAGUCUUGAAAAUGCAUGAGAGACGACACACAGGGGAAAAACCAUUCCAAUGCUCUCAGUGUGGUAAGAGAUAUGUUGCGUCAACAGAACUUAAAGUUCAUAAGAGAAUACACACAUGGGGAAAACCAUUCCAAUGCUCUCAGUGUGUAAAGACAUUUUCCCGACCAGGGGACCUGAAAUUACACGAGAGAAUACACACAGGGGAAAGGCCGUACCACUGUUCCCAGUGUGGAAAGAGUUUUACAAGGUUAAACAUCUUGAAAAUGCAUGAGAGAAUACACACAGGGGAAAAACCAUUCCAAUGCUCUCAGUGUGUAAAGACAUUUUCCCGACCAGGGGAACUGAAAUUACACGAGAGAAUACACACAGGGGAAAAGCCGUACCACUGUUCCCAGUGUGGAAAGAGUUUUACUCAGUUAGGGAGUCUGAAAAGUCAUAAGCGAAUACACUCUGGAGAGAAGCCUUAUCGCUGCUCCAAAUGUGGAAUUGCCUUUUCAGAGUCAAAAACCUUGAAAAUGCAUGAGAGAAUACACACAGGUGAGAAGCCGUACCACUGUUCCUACUGUGGAAAGAGUUUUAGACAAUCGCAACAGCUGAAACAACACGAGAGAAUACACACAGGAGAAAAGCCUUACCACUGUUCUCAGUGUGGAAUGAGUUUUAGGCUUUCAACGGGCCUCAAAGGUCAUAUGCAAAUGCACUCUGGAGAGAAGUCAAACACAUGUUCUCAUUGUGGAAAGAGUUUUCUGAGGUUAAGCACUCUGAAAUCGCAUGAGCAUAUACACACACAAAAAAAACUCCAAUGUUCCUUGUGUGGAAAGCGGUUUACCCAGUUAGAAGCCCUGAUUGUGCAUCACAGGACACACACAGGCGGGGAUAAGACCUACCACUGCUCCCAUUGUGGAAAGAGAUUUAACUGGUUAAGGCACCUGAAUAAGCAUGAAAGAAUACAUACACAGGAGGAGAAGACAUACCACUGCUCUCAGUGUGGAAAGACAUUUUCCCAGCCAGAGGACCUGAAAUCACAUGAGAGAAUAGAGAGGCUGUGUUCUGACUUGUGUUUCUGACUGAUCAUUUGUGUUUUUGUUUCAUUCCACGUGAAAUCAAAUUGUAUGAAACCAGAAAAAAAUGUUCACUUUUGUUGUUUUUUCAUUUAGAGACAUGAUCACGUCUAAUAUCAGAUUAAAUAUUUAAAACGGUCUGUUUGGUUUUGAUGAGCUUUGAUUGAUUUGAUAAGUAUAAACCCUCUGUUGUUCAUCAUAUGAUUUUCUAUUUGUUAAGAGAUUUUUUUUUCAUCAAUAAUGACUAAUUGUGUAUACAUUUCAAUCAGGACUGACUAAUCAGAAUACUAUUAUGUUACUGUAUAGAUGUAUGCAUUUUCUUUUAAUCCUAGUACUGAAUAUAAUGUG